AUGAUAGUUGACGCAAAACCUCCCGUACAUUACCCGUUUGAGCUACCUACCGAUGCACCGCCAGCAUACGAUGACAUUGGUCCUGCCAGCUCCAGUCAAGUCAUCCUCUCCGGCCCUCCACCUCCACCUCCUCCUCCGCGGAACACUUCUCUUCUUCGCCCACGCACUCUUCGUUCAGCACACCCGACUGGACCUCAAGGCAUAAGCAAUACUACAUCGCCCUCUACACUUCCAGGGCCUUUUCUACCAGACAAGUCUCUCUCAGUCGGACUACCACCACCUGCAAGACGCGAUAAGCUCAAGCCAGGUCCCUUGACUCCAAAGGCUCAGGCUGAUGUACGCGAAACAAUCUGCGGGCUCAUCCGUGAUGUUGUACAAGGCUCCUCAUCCGUGCGUUCCAGCGCCUUGGACGCAAUUGCCGUCCUCGAUAGCUGUGCAGCUGCUUGUGCAUCGCAUCAACUCUCCCUCGCACGCAUUCUGCAAGAGAAGAGUAUUGAAGGACAUGCACCUAUAUACUGGGCCAUUGUAUCGCGUCCAAUAAGUAAUGAAGGCCCGAGAAAGGGAGACCACCGAGAAGAUGAUGCAUUCCUCGUUUCACUCCUUACCCGAGCGUCUCCUCUCAGACCGAUUGCUGUAUCAGAGCUACGUGCUGGGUGUCUUGUUGCAUCAAGCAAUGCCCUCUUCCAUCGGUUACGCUCUGCACACAGUGUAACCACAAUCUCAGGCACAGACCGGAUGCUACUUGCCAAUUCCAACACAUCGUCGCCAAGUCAUGUAGGACCGUCCAGCCCAGGAAAGAAGUCUGAAAAGAAAGGUGGAAAGGACGCCCCACUCGUGUUUGGAGACAUUGCAGAAGUCCGUGAGGGCGGCAAAGGUUCCGAUGCAGAGUGGUUUGGCGUAGACCUCAGACUAAAGAUCUUUCAGCGCAGGAUGCGUGUUUCCGGGAACGUUUCAGUUGAGUUCAUAGCACGAGGACGCCUUUGGCAACUAAUUUUCUUCGUUGUACCUCCUCUUCCAUCCAAGGAUUCACCUCCUAAAACCAACCCAUAUUCUCCACCUUCAACACCAAGUAAUGUACCUCGAGCAGCGAUCGACGCAGCCCGUGCACUUUCCGUACCACCAGGUUCAUGGGCACUCUGUCUCGCACUUCUCGAAGGAAGUGCACAAUGCUACGCAGAAGCCCGUCUACUCGUCAACGAACCAUCUUCCAAUUCACCUGACGUCUGGCGGGACUUACCUCCAGCCCCAGGACGUUCUCAAACUGUUUCAGACACUUCAAAUACAGUUCUACAACGACCUCGACCACAACACCCAAGACAAAGCUCCGAGCCUCAACAACAGAGGUCUUCAAUAUUCUCCUCUCUCUUCAACAGACGCUCCGGAAGUGACAACGUCCAACCCAAAUCCCACCAACCAAGACCACCAAUAAUGAUCUCCCUCUCCUCAGUCGGCUCCUCUCCACUCCUCGCUCUCCCUCCUCUCUCUUCCUCCUACUUUGCCCAACUUGCCUCAUCCGAACCACUCCCAGACGAAGUCGACCUCUCCAUCGACCCAAAGAAGAAAAAGCGUCCAAGUCGAGAAGAAAAACGCGCAGCACGUAAGGCGGUUAAGAAAGAACGUCGUGCAGAGUGUGGAAAGGAGACAAGGAAGGAGAAGAAAGAACGUGCAAGGGUUGCUGAGACUGUGCUUGUUGCUGGGUUGGAAGAGGUUCCUUGCGAUGCGAAGAAGAAUAAAAACAAGGAGAGUACUACAGGUUGGUCUAAAGGUGGAGAGUUGAUUGGAUGUCCAUUCAUAACUCCAGAUGGAACACUGCAUGCAAUACUCGAAGCCCGACUAAGCAUUUCACCUCCAGAGUCGUAUAAUGACUCUGACUGUGUCAUUUGUUGA